AAGGGAAAACAAAGAUCUUGAUUCAUCCAUCACCCAAGUCACUUCAUAUCAUUUGGUAACAUCUAUUGGAAACGCACAAAACAAGAAUCCUAAGACAAGGCUGGAGACAAAUUAUACCACUCCAACUGAGUUCAUAUUUAUUGGAUUCACAGAGUAUUCCCCAUUCAGAGUCACACUGUUCUCAGUGUUUCUCAUAGUGCACACGUUAACCAUGGUGGAAAAUAUAGGCUUAAUAAUCCUAGUUAAUAGUGAUUCGGGACUUCAAACUCCCAUGUACUGCUUGCUUAGCAAUUUGUCUUUCUUAGACUUCGUCUAUUCUACAGCAAUUUCUCCGAAAAUGCUGGUAAACUUCCUAGCUUCCAGGAAGAGAAUCUCUUUCUAUGGCUGUGCUAUUCAGAUGCUUUUCUUUGCAUGUUUUGCAGAUUAUGAGUGUCUUAUCCUGGCUGUGAUGGCCUAUGACUGUUUUGCAGCCAUCUGUAACCCAUUGCUUUAUUCUAUACUGAUGUCUCAGAGAGUCUGCAUCAGCAUGGUUGUGCUGGCAUAUCUUGCUGGGAGUAUGACUUCACUGGAGCAUGUGUCCCUCAUAUUUAGGCUUCCGUAUUAUGCCUCCAAUGUCAUCAGUCACUUUUUCUGUGAUAUCCCACAUCUCCUGGCUUUAUCAUGUGAAGAUACCCACAUUAAUGACACCUUUAUAAUCAUUGUCAUCUCUUACUUCUGCAUCCUGGUCACUGUUCUGAGCAUCAAGUCUUCAGGAGGCAGAAGCGAAACCUUCUCCACAUGUGCUUCCCAUCUCACAGCUUUCACCUUGUUCUAUGGUAUACUCUUGUUUAUGUACUUGCAUCCCAUCACCAGCAAUUCCCCAAACAUUGAUAAGAUAGUUUCACUGUUUUACACUGUGGUUUUCCCUAUGUUGAACCCAAUGAUUUAUAGCUUCAGAAACAAGGAUGUAAAAUGCCCUUCAAAAAUUAUUGGAAAUAAAGUGGAUUUUAAAAUGAAUAGGAAUUCAAGUUGUGAAUAA